GUUUACUGGGAAAACGGAGCGCAGAUCACCUCUCCUCACGAUAAGGAAAUUAUAAAAUGUAUAGAAGAGUGUGUUGAACCAUGGAAUGGCUCUUGGAAUGAGAAUCUAGUAGACACCAGUCCGCUUAGACAGGAUCCUCUGAAGAAAAUCUGUGACUGUUACAUGGAGGAUCUGAAAAAGAUCUGUUAUCAUAGGGAGCUAAACAUGCAAACAAAUUUGAAGUUUGUUCAUACCUCUUUCCAUGGAGUCGGACAUGACUAUGUGCAGUUGGCUUUCAAAGCAUUUGGCUUUCAGCCUCCCAUUCCAGUACCUGAACAAAAAGAUCCAGAUCCAGACUUCUCUACUGUCAAAUGCCCAAAUCCUGAAGAAGGAGAAUCUGUGCUGGAGUUGUCACUGCGGCUUGCGGAGAAAGAAAAUGCAAAAGUAGUGGUGGCCACUGAUCCAGAUGCAGAUAGACUGGCAGUGGCAGAACAGCAGGAAAAUGGCUGCUGGAAGGUGUUCACUGGGAAUGAGCUGGCAGCUUUGUUUGGGUGGUGGAUGUUUUCUCGCUGGAAGGAGAACUGCUCUGAAGACGCUGAGGUGAAGAAUGUUUACAUGUUGGCGACCACGGUCUCCUCGAAAAUUUUGAGGGCAAUUGCACUUCAAGAGGGAUUUCACUUUGAAGAAACACUCCCGGGUUUUAAAUGGAUUGGAAGUAGAGUGAAAGAGCUCCUGGAUAAUGGAAAAGAAGUUCUAUUUGCAUUUGAAGAGUCUAUUGGCUUCAUGUGUGGCACCUCGGUGCUGGAUAAAGAUGGUGUAAGUGCAGCUGUGGUCAUAGCUGAAAUGGCAACUUACCUGGAGGCCCAGAACCUCACACUAGCACAGAAACUCACUGAAAUCUAUGAAACGUAUGGAUAUCACAUAUCAAAGACUUCCUAUUUCUUGUGCUAUGAUCCUCCUACUAUCAAAAGGAUAUUUGAGAGGCUUCGGAACUUUGAUGCUCCUCAGUCGUACCCAAACUUCUGUGGUGUUUACAACAUAUUACACGUCCGAGACGUUACCACAGGCUACGACAGCAGCCAGCCGAGUAAGAAGUCGGUGCUGCCACUGAGUAAGAGCAGCCAGAUGAUCACUUUCACGUUUCAGAACGGUUGCGUUGCCACCCUCCGGACAAGCGGGACGGAGCCCAAGAUCAAGUACUACGCAGAGAUGUGUGCGCUGCCCGAGCAGAG